UUUUUCUUGGGAAACUGAGCAAGAACAAGCCUCGCAUUUAUUUAUCACAAAAAUUUGUUUUGGAACGUUGACGUCCACUUCAUUUCACGGAUUUUGAAAACGCGUGCACUUUGACAAAGAGAGCUUUCCAAACAGCCUCAAUGCGACGAACCCAAAUAAAUUUCGACUUACCCACCACCAACUCUCCUCCCUCUGUUUCAAAGCUUGAAGUUUCAAGAACCCAGAGCAUCUUUUUGUGCAGAGAUGAAGGCUAUGGAAUCGAGCGAUGGCGGUACCGGUGGCAAAAUAAAAGGGGUGCCGGUUCAUGGCGGCCGAUACGUCCGUUACAAUGUUUACGGCAACUUAUUUGAGGUCUCUGACAAGUAUGUUCCUCCCCUUAGACCCGUCGGAAGAGGUGCCUAUGGUAUUGUUUGCGCUGCUGUGAAUUCAGAUACUCAUGAAGAGGUUGCCAUUAAGAAGAUUGGCAAUGCAUUUGACAAUAGAAUUGAUGCCAAGAGGACACUAAGAGAGAUUAAGCUUCUUCACCACAUGGAUCACGAAAAUGUUAUUUCCAUCAAGGACAUCAUAAGGCCGCCGAAGAGGGACACUUUUAACGACGUUUACAUUGUUUAUGAAUUGAUGGACACUGAUCUUCAUCAGAUAAUUCGUUCUGAUCAAACAUUGACAGAUGACCAUUGUCAGUAUUUUUUGUACCAGCUACUACGUGGACUGAAAUAUGUGCACUCAGCGAAUGUUUUGCACCGUGAUCUCAAGCCCAGCAAUUUGUUUCUAAAUGCAAAUUGUGACCUGAAGAUUGGAGACUUUGGACUGGCAAGAACAACGUCAGAGACUGACUUCAUGACUGAAUAUGUUGUCACUCGUUGGUAUAGAGCACCUGAGUUGCUUCUUAACUGUUCAGAGUACACUGCAGCAAUUGACAUCUGGUCCGUUGGUUGCAUACUUGGUGAAAUCGCGACAAGAGAACCUUUAUUCCCUGGCAAAGAUUAUGUUCAGCAGCUGAGGCUUAUAACAGAGCUACUAGGUUCACCCGAUGAAACCAGCCUUGGAUUUCUCCGAAGUGAUAAUGCGCGAAAAUACGUUAAGCAGCUUCCCCGCUACCCGAAACAACAGUUCUCAGCGAGAUUCCCCAAUAUGUCUCCUUUGGCUCUCGAUUUGCUAGAGAAGAUGCUUGUGUUUGAUCCUAACAAGCGCAUUACAGUUGAUGAGGCUCUAUGCCACCCUUUCUUAUCAUCGCUUCACGAUAUCAACGAUGAGCCAAUUUGCCGGAGUCCUUUUAGUUUUGAUUUUGAGCAUCCUUCUUUCUCCGAAGAGAACAUUAAGGAGCUCAUUUGGAGGGAAUCACUGAAGUUCAAUCCUGAUUCCUGAUGAGUCUUGAUGCUUAGCGGAAACUGAAAUACGAGUUGUUUGCUGUUAUUUGGGAACUUAAACUUGACUCUUGUGCUAGGAGAUGAAAGUUAAUCAUCUAGAGGGAUUGUUGGUCUCGAAUUCACCAGCACAGAACUCGUAUCACCACUUCCGGUUGUGUUUACACGGGUUUGACUAGCUGAAAAGCUUCAGAGUGGAAGGGUAUGUGUAAAGCUGCUGCAGAUCAUGUCCAUGGUUGUUGGAAGAGGUGUUGGGAGCUUGAAAUAGAUUCUGUAGUGUUUAUUAUAUUUAGAAUCCCAACUUGGUACAAUAAAGUUGUGUGUAAAUUCAAGGAGGGUCUUCCAUAUUUUGGUUCUU